GAGAGAGGAGAAGGUGCCUGCUGUGCUCCAGUGUUUUGCGACCAGCACCGCCACUCGCGCUGCUCGUCCGCCCGCCUCGCGCUGCAGGUGCGUGCGGGUUUGCUAGAUCGCCGCAGACCUUCCAUAUUUGCUCGGGGUGGAUUUGCGGUGGGAGCGGAGAUGAUGCACGCCAAGUCGGAGUCGGACGUGACGAGCCUGGCGGCGUCGUCGCCGCCGCGGUCGCCGAAGCGGGCCAACUACUACGUGCAGAGCCCGUCGCGGGAGUCGCACGAAGGCGGGUACAAGUCCUCGUCGAUGCAGGCCACGCCGGUGUACAACAGCCCCAACGAGUCGCCGUCGCACCCAUCCUACGGCCGCCACUCGCGCUCCUCCUCCGUCAGCCGAUUCUCCGGCAACCUCCGCGACGGCGGCGGCCGCAAGGGCGGCGAUGGGGAGCGCAAGGUGCUCAACGAUAAGGGUUGGCCCGAGUGCAACGUCAUCGAGGAGGAGGGGCCCUACGAGGACCUCGCCGGCGACAGCGGGCUCUCCCGCAGGUGCCAGGUCAUACUGGGAUUCCUCACCUUCGUCCUGCUCUUCACCGUCUUCUGCCUCAUCAUCUGGGGCGCCGCGCGGCCGUACGAGCCCGAGGUCAUCGUCAAGAGCUUGGUGAUGGAUGACUUCUAUGCUGGUGAGGGCACAGACCAUAGUGGGGUUCCAACCAAAAUGGUCACUAUGAACUGUUCCCUGCAUAUAGCUGUGUACAAUCCUGCCACAAUGUUUGGAAUUCAUGUUACUUCUGGCCCCAUUCAUCUGCUCUAUUCAGAGAUCUCAAUCGGCGUCGGGCAGGUUCGCAGGUACUACCAACCGAGGAAGAGCCACCGGGUCGUGACGGCGGUCAUCCACGGCGAGAAGGUCCCUCUCUACGGCGCAGGUGGCGGGCUAAUGCUGUCGAGCACGGGCGGGUCGGUGCCUCUGACGCUGGACUUCGACCUGACAUCCCGGGGCUAUGUCAUCGGCAAGCUCGUGAGGGUGACGCACAAGGUGCACGUGACCUGCCCCGUCGUCGUCGACGUCAAGAAGUCGAAGCCCAUCAGGUUCUCCAAGAAGGCCUGCGCCGUGUAUAAGGUCUGAACUGUUUUGUGAUGGAGGGACGAGUCAAUGUGUUCUUGCAAACAUCUCUGUAUCUAGCUAUUGUGUUGAUGAUGAAGAACAAUAAGCACGCAUAUGAUUUGUUUGAGCUUCGAUUUUGUCGAUAAAUCACGUGUUUUCUCUC